GUUUUUACGUCAUUUCCGCAGCACCUCCCUCGGCAGAAGCUUGCAUUAGGAGCGGAUUCACUUAGUGUGGGCGGCCGGAGAAUACUGUGGUUCAACUGUUUGUUCCUGCCACCCUCCUGGCCCGAUACCAUGGGAGUGACUUGUGUGUCCCAGAUGCCUGUGGCUGAGGGCAAGAGUGUCCAGCAGACGGUGGAGCUCCUCACCCGGAAGUUGGAGAUGCUUGGGGCAGAGAAGCAAGGAACAUUUUGUGUGGAUUGUGAGACCUACCACACAGCUGCCUCCACUCUUGGCAGCCAAGGUCAGGCUGGGAAGCUGAUGUAUGUGAUGCACAACUCAGAGUACCCUCUGAGCUGCUUCGCUCUCUUUGAGAACGGCCCUUGGCUUAUUGCCGACACCAACUUCGAUGUGCUCAUGGUGAAGCUCAAGGGCUUUUUCCAGAGUGCCAAGGCCAGCAAGAUUGAGACCCGGGGUACCCGUUACCAGUACUGUGACUUCCUAGUGAAGGUGGGCACAGUCACCAUGGGGCCCAGUGCCCGAGGCAUCUCUGUAGAGGUGGAGUAUGGCCCCUGUGUGGUAGCUAGCGACUGCUGGAGCCUGCUGCUCGAGUUCCUACAGAGUUUUCUAGGCAGCCACACACCAGGGGCUCCCGCAGCGUUUGGGAACAGACACGAUGCCAUCUAUGGCCCAGCAGAUACCAUGAUCCAAUACAUGGAACUCUUCAAUAAGAUCCGCAAGCAGCAGCAGGUGCCGGUGGCUGGGAUUCGUUAGUGACUGGCAACUGCCUGGCUGAGCUCUGUCACCAGGGGAACUGCGCAGGAGGAGCAGGGGCUGCACCCUGAGGCCCCUGGACCCCAGAAACCCAGGGCAGACAUGGAGGCUUCUCUCCAUCUUCCCAGCUGUGACUUUUGUUCUGGGGAUCUGGACUUCCCUCCCCUGACCCUCACACACAGCCCCCCAGCAGCUGCUUCACCCUACGCCUUACUGGACUUGGCCUGUUCUCAAGAAUGGUAAUUAUGAAGAGUGGAGAAGUGUGGAGCUUUCCUGCUUUAGGGGAAAAGGUAGGACAGGCCUGCCUAGUGUUGGUGGGAAAGCAAUCUGUAUCUCCAACUACUGAGGAUUUGGCUUAGGUCCACGGUGGAUGGACUGGGCUGGGCUGGGCUGUAAUAAAGGCCUCUUCCUCUACUCCAGGGAUGCAGGUGGGCUUCUCCUGGAGAAGGAGUAGGAGGCAUAACUUGGUGUGAUGGCUAUCAUUUCCUGACCUGUUUGCUGAAGUGAACUGUGAGUUGACUUUUCUAGGAUGUUGCCGAAAUCCUUUGGAGUCUCCCUCUGGCAUCUUUCCAUUCUGUUGUGAAUGAGGUUAAGCCAGAGGCUAAGCUGCUGUAACAAAGAGAACCUUAAGUACAGUGGCUCCUGGUAGAAGUUUAUUCUUCUCUCUUCUAAUAGUACAGAUAUUAUCAGAUGGUCUGGGGUAGAUUUAACUGUACAAGGUCACCAGGACCUCGGUUUCCUUCUGUCUUGUUUAGCCAACCCUGGGGUGUUGACCUUGCCCACAAGGUCAAAGCAGACUCAUCAGCUCCAUGCCUACAAUACACCGGGGAAAGAGAGAGCAAAGCAGUUUCUUUUUAAAGGAUAUGACCUGGAGUCACUCAAAUCAGUGUGGUCACACUUUGCUGAAAGGGACGCUGGGACAUAGUCUCUUGCUUGGGUGGCCAUGGGUCCAGUUAAAACUCAGGGGCUUCUGUGACUAAAAGAUAAAGGAGAAUAUGGGGGCCCAGUGAGGGGCCUCUGCUACAUGGAGCUCAAUGGAUGUGCCCAGGAGGGCUCUUUGUUGUUAUUUUGCAGAGCACCCCCUGUGAAGCUAUUUGUGAAUUGCACUAGGAUAGGGCAGGUGCUAGAGCUAGAGCCACUUGUGAGUUUUGCUGGCUUAGUCACACUGGGCAGUCAGUUCCGCACCCCUUGCCUAAGGGUUCACAGCUUCCUGAGCUCUUGGUCCUCAUCUCAUUUGAGCCUCUAAGCUGCUCAUUGGACUUAUGUCGCCUGCUCACCUGACUCUGGCUGCAGAAAUGUUCAGUCGGGCUAACAUUGAUAUAUACAGGCAGGGAUGGUCUGAGGAAACACGUUAAUAUACUUUACUACAGACCUGUCCUCAAGGAUACCGUCCCUCACUGAAGGUACCUCAGAGAAAUUAGUUUCAGAUCUAAUGCCUCUGCAACAGGAAUCAGGAGGCGAUCAUGUUUCCCUUGUAGCUUUGGCUGGCAGGAAGCUCAGAUUAACUCUGUAACUGCAGGACCUGCCAGCUGCACUUUUUGUUCUCCUUUGCCCCUGGCUUUUUGUUUGGUUCUUUGUUCUGUUUUUGCUUGUUUAAAUUGAGGUGUGUUUUAGAUGUCAUUUACAGACAAUAAAAUGCAUAGAUUUUA